AUGUCCAGUAGCAGGAACUCCCAUCACAGAAAGCUAAAUUUCAACGUCGGAGAGAAUUAUGAAGUGCUGGACGUGGUCGGAGAGGGGGCCUACGGUGUUGUGUGUCACAAACCCACUAUUGUGACUUGCAAUCGUCGAAGACAUGAUCAAAGGCCUUUGAAUGUAGAAGAUGGAAGUUUUGAGCACUCAAUCCACCAAGAUUUGAUUGUUCGGGACGUACACUUGUUUCCAACUGCAAUGAACUCUGCUGUUCAUAAACCGUCGGGUCAAAAAGUUGCCAUAAAGAAGAUAACCCCCUUUGAUCAUUCAAUGUUCUGUUUGCGUACUCUUCGCGAAAUAAAGCUCUUACGCUAUUUCAAUCAUGAAAAUAUUAUAGCUAUUUUGGAUGUCGUAAAACCUGAAAGUCUGGAAAAAUUCAACGAAGUGUACCUUAUACAAGAACUUAUGGAGACUGAUAUGCAUCGUGUUAUUCGCACCCAAGAGUUAAGCGAUGAUCAUUGUCAAUACUUCAUCUAUCAAACCCUUCGUGCUCUAAAAGCUUUGCAUUCAGCAAAUGUUUUGCACCGCGAUCUGAAGCCAAGCAAUUUACUUCUGAAUGCCAAUUGUGAUUUGAAGGUCUGCGACUUUGGUCUUGCUAGGAGCGCAAAUUCUAGUGACGAACAUAGUGGUUUUAUGACCGAAUACGUGGCCACUCGAUGGUAUCGUGCGCCAGAGAUUAUGCUCACUUUCAAGGAAUAUACGAAGGCCAUCGAUGUUUGGUCCGUCGGCUGCAUCCUAGCAGAAAUGUUAAGCGGAAAGCCAUUAUUCCCUGGGAGAGAUUAUCACCACCAGCUUACCCUGAUUCUAGACGUUCUAGGAACGCCUACUAUGGAAGAUUUCUACGGUAUUAAAAGCAGAAGAGCACGCGAGUACAUCAGGACUUUGCCUUUCAAAAGGCGUGUUUCAUUCGCUCAGAUGUUUCCCGAGGCUAACACACUCGCGCUAGAUAUGCUUGAGAAAUUGCUUGCGUUUAAUCCAACGAAACGAAUAACCGUUGAAGAGGCGCUGAAGCACCCGUAUUUGGAACCUUAUCAUGAUCCUGAGGACGAACCGGCAGCCGAUCCAAUCCCUGAAUCAUUCUUUGACUUCGACAAGCACAAAGAUCAGUUAUCGAAAGAACAAUUGAAAGAAUUAAUCUACGAGGAAAUCAUGCGACCUAUAUAA